AUGAUGGUGCUCUUCCGGUUUUCAGCUCUACUUUUGUGUAUCAUCGCUGCAGUCGACGCACAAGAACUCAAGUGUUAUGGAGCCGAUUGUGAUGAGCCAUUAUACAUGGAGGACACGUGAGUCAUAUCGUUUAGUCUACUUCUUUCAAGUGUUUUGAGCUAAUCGGUUUUCGUAGGUUAUUUACUAGCACUUGGCGUUCAAUCUCCAAAAUCCCAAACAAUUCAAUCUCUUUCCAGUCAACAAUGCUCGGGACUGGAUUGUGAAACGAAAGAAACCCUUCUGGCAAUGAUCAGUCACUACCAAACGACGAAGCAUGACGAAUACAUGGCACCGCUCACCAAGAAGAUUACCGCCGAUAAGUCGCAGCUUUUCUUGACCAAAGUUUGCUCUCCUCUCGCUUUUUCGGCCUCAAACAGUUUGAUUUGAGGUGGGAGCACUCCAGGCGGUUGAUGUUGCCGCUACAGUAGCCCCACAGUGCUCGAUUUGCUCGCAGCCAGGAUUGUGCAACAGCGGACAAUGCGUGGCCGAUUUGUUGCAGCCAUGGAAGUAUUAUUAGUGAGUGCUGUGCCUUAUCCUCAAUGGAAUACAUCAACAUUUUCAGUUGUGUGUGCCCCGAUAACACUUCGGGACGUUACUGUCAGAAUGUGAUCGAGUGCAAAGCGAACUCUUGCGGGCAGAACACUCUAUGUUACGUGGCGAAUCAUCAGUUGAACUGCGUCUGCAAACCCGGAUACACCGCCAAGCGCAACGGAAUCGAUUGUGACCUGAAAGUCCAAAGAUCGUGCAUGAGCGGAGAUCCACACUACGUGACGUACGACGGACUACGUUUCGACUAUCAGGGUACUUGCCCCUACGUCUUCUCUCAACCGUGUUCCCUUCUUCCGGCGCCGUACCUCUGGUACUCGGUCAGAGCCAAGAACGAGCUGCCAGGCAAGGGAUAUCAGUAAGUGGUUGAAGUGUGAUUGAUUGCCAGCACCUGUUGCUCUUCAACUCGUUUUCAGUAUUUCCCAAGUCUCCGAGGUUGAAGUCGACCUCUACAAUCUGACAAUUCACGUGGAUGGCCGCUCGAAGACCGCUCUCGUCAAUGGAGUUCAAGUGCUCACGCCAUGGUACUACCCGAACAAAAACACGUGGACCGUUCGUGUCCGCUUUUCCGGAUCCACUUUCACAAUAGACAACGAUCAGGGGAUUACGGUCACUUUCACCACCUACAACUCGCUUUGUGUUGAAGUCCCGGAUAUUCCGCAGUUUAACGGACCAAGCACGCUGUGUGGAUUGGCCGGAAAUAUCGACGGAAAGGCGCUGGACGAUGUGGUGCACAAGAACGGAACUGUGCUAAGCAUCAAGUCGAGCCGACAGCCGGAGAACAAUAAUCAUGCCGCGUUUAUGGGAUUUGAGGUUGGUUGAUUGGAUUAGGCGAGAGUUAGUCAAUUUCCAAAAUUUCAGGACUCAUGGAUCACCGACAAGUUCCUUGUGCUGCGCCCCGGCCAGGAGAACUGUCUAAACGGCCAGACGAUCGACAAUAACACAAAUUGCGUCAGUACUAAUUCACUAGCGAGUUGCGCGGUACAUCGCUCAACCGCUUUCCUUUCCUCUCCACCUUCUCUCGUAAACUGUUUUCGAUUUUUCAGGACGUCGAGACCGCCAGCCAAAUUUGUUUCCCGAUCCAACAAGCCGAAUUUGGACGAGGAACGUUUGGAGCCUGUCAAGCACUCGGCAAUGACACUUUGGAAGAUUUCUACUACAAUUGCAUAUAUGACGUAUGCCGUAACCCAGCGUACAAAUGUACCGCCCUAUCCUACUUCUUCCAAUACUGUCAGUUGGCGUUGCCGCAGGCGCAACAAAACUCGGACUGGAGAGCGCAAGUAAACUGCCCUCUCGCCUGUGCCCUGAAUGCUCAUCCGUCCAUUUGUACCUCAAGUUGUCCGAGUACUUGUGCCGAACCGUACCCUGAAUACUGUGACCAGGGAUGCGUUGACGGAUGCGCGUGUGAUCCGGGAUACGUGGUGGACAACACUGUCACUGGAUCUGUAAAGUGCAUCCGAUUGGAUCAGUGCGGAUGCGUGGAUGAGAACGGAAAUGCGCACGCGCCCGGCAAGCCGUGGGUCACAAUGAACUGCACAAUCUGGCAUCAGUGCCAGAACGGGACCAUGUACAGCGAGUACCGUCCGUGCUCGGAUGACGGCACUUGCACGCUCAACUCGGUCAACAUGGCUUGCAAAUGUAACUCUGGCUUCCGAGGAGACGGAUACAACUGCACAGACAUCAACGAGUGCGUUGAGACGCCAGGAAUCUGUGGACACGGUCAGUGCAUCAACACGCCCGGAUCUUAUCAAUGCCGCUGCGACGACUUUUGGCUCGGAACCAAUUGUGACACGUACAAGCCGCGAAGACACUGUGCCGAUCUCUAUGUGUAUUGGGGAGAAAGAGCCAGCGGAGUCUACUCGGUCAACCCACCAUUCACGCUUCCACAACGGGCACCCUUCACUCCGAUUGAUGUCUAUUGUGAUAUGGCGAGCAAUGGAGGAGGAUACACGCUAAUGUCUGCUGAUAGUGGGAAUCUUAACGAAAAUAGGACGUACCAGGUUUGUAGGGCCCACGGGCUCCAGAGCUGACAAUGGGCGCAAGUGCGCCCCGCUCAAUAGAGCGAUACAUUGGCGCGAAUUUCAAAUUUUAACAGCCAAAUUUGUGUUUUUGCCAGAUUAGCCACGAAAAACCGAUAAUUUCUCAUUUGUCUCUCGAUAGACCGAUUGAAUAGGCUAUUACGAAUUUUUUUAGCGCAAGAGCGUCAGAUUUGGUCAAGUCGCAAAUCGCAUUUAUCCGUUUGAAGGUUUUUGGCUAAAACUGCGUGAAUUUCAGUUGCUUUUCGGUAAUUUUCGCGGUUCGAGCGCUCAAAAUUCUUGUAUUUACGUGAUUUAUCAUUCUCAAAACCAAUUCUGUCUGAAAACGGUCAAGAAAGUGCAAAAUGAGAAGUGCGGUUUUUAGGCAGCGAUCGGCGGCGAAGGCGAAAAAGCAAAGUCCGCGAAAAAUGCGCCAAAACGUCAUUAAUUCUGAGAAUUAGUGUGUUUUCAUGUCGAACAAUCAUUGUUCAUCGCCUUUGACCACAAAAAUCAGAGAAAACCUGCUCAAUUCAUGAAAACGCCAUUUGGCCGAGGCCACGCCCAUAUUGUCAGCUCUGGAGACUGUGAGGGGGAAUAAGAAAAACGGACAUACUCUGUUAGUUUUUCAUGAAAAAUAAUGAUGUUCUCUUUUCAGGACUAUAUAAUCGGUUUCGGUACGGCGUCCAAUCAAUCCGUAUGGCUUGGUCUCGAAUUCAUUCACCAGCUGACCACUUAUCAACCCCAAACUCUUCGGCUCAACUUGUUCCGAUGCGCCAGCAACGGAAGACCUCAGCGAACCACGGACUGUACCUAUCCAACGUUCAGUGUUCUCGACUCGCAAACCCAAUACUCUGUGGUUAUUCGGGAAGCGUGCACCGGCUCCGAAGCUGACGAUCAUUACUAUCAGGACGGAUGGGCAAGAUGGGAUUUGAGCCAAAACGGGCCGAAAUUCUCCACCUGGGAUAUUGAAGCAGAGACGACUGUUCCGCCACAACUCCGCGACAAAUUCGAACAGGAUGCCGUGUACUAUACUUGCUCUAAAUCGAAUUUCAACACCGGUUGGUGGUACGUGGAGGAUCAACUGUGCGGAGCCGCCAAUCUCAAUGGAAUCCGCUACACGUGUCCGAACAUUCCGGUGGAAAGUGAACGGUAUUUGCGGUGGGCCGAAGGAACGCUGGGACAAUCCUCGAUGUACUUAAGACCUGUCGGAUUCCCCAAAUAUGAUACCAUUCAAUGA